AUGGAUGGAGGUUCAUUCUCUUCAAGCAUAGGAGAUUCAAUUGAUUUUGAUGAAAAAGAUUUAUCACUUAGUGAUAAACUCAAAGUAUUCAAAGCUUCUGCAUAUGAUCCUGAUUCAUAUGUUACCAAUCGAUGUCGUCAAAUGAGCGAAAAGGCUGUUGCUGCAUCAUCACUUGCAGAAGUGUCUUAUUCGUUUUAUAUAUGCAGCACAUCAAGGGAAAUAUCCAAUCUUGAAGGACAGCUUAUUGCGUUGAGAAAUCUCCUAUCUACUCGAGCAGCAAUUGUUCAUGGUUUAGCUGAAGGAAUUAAUGUUGAUUCUCUGGCUAGCUCUGAUGGUUCAACACAAGAUGAUAGGUCUAAUAAUGGUGAUAAUGAUAGCACCAAUACUGAGAGUUGGUUAGGACAAUUUAUAGAGAAGCUUGAAGUGUUACUUGCUGAGAGGAGAGUUGAUGAAGUUUUGGAUGUGCUGGAUGAAGGUGAACAUAUGGCAAAUGAUACUCGUAGUAAACAGACAUUGACUCCAUCAGCGUUAUUAUCAUUGCAGAAAGUUAUCACUGAACAGAAACAAAAGUUAGCAGCACAGUUAGCAGAAGCUUCUUUCAAGCCUUCAGUUGGUGCUGCUGAGCUUCGUUCUGCAGUACAAGCUCUAAAACGUCUUGGUGAUGGACCUCGUGCUCAUACCUUAAUGUUAAGUUCUCACCAGCAGAAGUUGCAUGGUAAUAUGCAGGGUCUUCGUCCUUCAGGUACUUCACAUGGAGUAGCAUAUAGUGCUGCUCUUUCGCAGCUUGUUUUCUCGACAAUGGCACAGGCCACAAGUGAUUCCUUGUCCUUAUUUGAUGAUGAACCUUCCUAUACAUCUGAGCUAGUAACUUGGGCUGUCAACCAGACUGAGAAUUUUGCUCAUCUUAUUAAAAGAUAUGUCAUAGCUUCACCAGCAGCAUCAGGAUGCUUAAGACCUGUUGCUGAAAGUGUUCACAUAAGUCUCGGGCACUGCUCUUUGUUAGAAGCUCGCGGGUUGGCCCUUUCACCAGUUCUCCUGAAAAAUUUUAAGCCCUGUGUUGAGCAAGCACUGUAUGCCAAUAUAAAGAGGAUUGAGCAGUGCACUGCUGCACUUGCUGCUGCAGAUGAUUGGUCGCUAACUUAUCCACCAAUCGGCUCACGUUCUCUAGGAACUUCAUCUCUUGCUGGUGUAAUCACCUCCCAGCCAAAGCUCUCAAGCAGUGCUCAUAAAUUCAACACAAUGGUUCAGGAACUCUGCGAGGACAUUAGUCCUCUCGAAAUCUUACAAUUGUCGGAAAACACUUUGGAAGGUGUGAUGCAAGUGUUUAACUCAUAUAUAGGUAUGUUGGUAAAAGCAUUACCUGGUUCAGUGGACAAUGAGAACCUCGAAGGAUCUGUAAACAGAAUUGUUAGGCUGGCUGAAACAGAACCUGAACAGAUUGCUUUACUAGCCAAUGCAUUAUUGUUAUCAGAUGAGCUAAUCCCUCGUGCAGCCGCCAAGCUUUCAUCUGCACAGCAAUCUAAUAAAACAGAUGAUACAUCUAAACGAAGUACGGACAGACAAUCCCGUCCUGUAGAGCAGAGAGAACUGAAACGGAGACUCCAACGUUUAGUUGAUCAGCUCCGUGACAGCUUUUGUAGGCAACAUGCACUUGAACUCAUUUUUUUGGAAGAUGGUGGCGUUCGUUUAAGUCCAGACAUGUACCUAAAUAUGGAUGGAAAUCCAGAAGAGAUAGAGUGGUUUCCAUCUCCAGUAUAUCAGGAAAUGUUCGGGAAGUUAACUCGAAUUGCUAGCAUAGCAUCAGACAUGUUUGUGGGAAGAGAAAGAUUUGCUACUAUUCUUUUGAUGAGGCUCACUGAAACUAUCAUCCUCUGGCUUUCUGAAGAUCAAAAUUUCUGGGAAGAGAUUGAACAAGGGCCAAGGCCUUUAGGUCCACUUGGCCUUCAACAGUUCUAUCUAGAUAUGGAAUUUGUGAUACUGUUUGCUUCACAAGGGCGUUACUUGUCUCGAAAUCUUCAACAAGUAAUCAAAAACAUCAUAGGCAGAGCUAUUGAAGCAGUUGCUGCAAGCCACAUUGAUCCAUACAGUGUACUACCAGAGGAUGACUGGUUUGCAGAAGUUGCUCAAAUUGCUAUAGAUAUGCUAACUGGGAAAACACAAGUAGGGACCAUGGAGAAUGUUAGUAGCCCUACAGCAUCAUCAGUUCUUUCUCAUGGAAGUAACUAAAUUUAGAACUGUCUUUCCACUAAAGGAUAGUAAUCAAUUAAAAUACUUCAUUUAGUUUCUUGGUUUCUUGAUUGGAUAAUCAGCUAACAUACUUCAUUCAGUUGGUGUUUUAUUAGGAAAAUUUAUUUAUUUAAUUGUAUUCUGUUUUUUUUUUUUUAUAGCUAAAAUGUAAAUUUAUCAUGCAACUUCUCAAGUAUUCGUUUUUGUAACGGUGGUGUCUAGAACAGCUUGAAAUGCACCUAGACUAUUCCAUCGAGGAACAUACUACUACCGGCUAGAAUGUGGCAGGUAAGAAAUCACCUACCUUUUUUGGCCUCUCCAGAGAUUAAAAUCAUGGUCUUCUACUUAGGCCAUGAACUAGAUCAGAAUCAUUCUCAACGAGUUCAUAAGGGUGUUUUCGCCUGUUCGGUGUAGAGUUUACAUUUUUUCGAAAAUGUUUCUAAUUUUCUCAUGUUCGGUUUAUCAAAAUUUUCGGAAAACAUUUUCUCUAGGAAAAUAAAUUCCUUAAAAAAUGAUGAACAUGACUUUUCGAAUAGAAAUAGGAAAAGCAAGUUCCAUAAGUGGCAUUCCACAUUGAUUGUAUCCUCUUCAUUUUCACCCCACCCCGGUAGCCCCACCAUCCCACACUUCUACCCCAUCCCCACGAUCUCAUACUAUUUGUCUAGAUUAUACACGAAUGUUUUUAGAAUAAUAUUUUUUUACCUACGUACCGAACACAAGAAAAUAAGUAAUAAACUCACUUAUUUUCCUAGAAAACAUUUCUCUUCGUACCGAAUACACCCCUAAUCUCCAUGAUUUUUCUCCCACUUCAUUAAUCACUAGGUCCCCGAGUGCAAAGAUGCUACACCUAUUGCAUACUUUGGAUCUCAUUAUACUAGAUUAGCUCUACUAUGCAAACAUUACAGGGGAAUGUUAGCAUCCAUCUUAAAUAUUUUUUCUUCACAUAGUUUUGUUGAAACAACCUAUUACAAUAUGAUCUAACUGUGACUACAACUUUUUACCUUCAUAUUCUCCAAGAUCUUUACUUUCAAAAU